CCGAGAGAGGGGACAGGUUCAGAGCCAGACAGAGAAGGGUUUCAAGGAGUCCUGCUCUGUCUCUGCUCCAGCAGCUCGUCCCCAGCUGACAGCAACAUGAAGGUCUCUGUGGCUGCCCUCGCCUUUGUCCUCAGCAUGGCCUGCUGCUCCCAGGCCUCCAUCAAAGAAAAGAGUUUUGCAAUGAGCUCUUAUCCGCCCACCUGCUGCUUCAGGUACAGAUCCCAGCAGAUCCCCCGCCGCUUCGUGGUUGACUAUUUUGUCACCCCCAGCCUGUGCUCCCAGCCAGCUGUAGUAUUAAUCACGAAGAGAGGCCGUGAAAUUUGCACCAUCCCCAAAGAUGCUUGGGUUCAACAGUAUGUGAACGACCUGAAACAGAGCAUCUCCAAGGACAGACAGCGGUGA